UGCGCAGUGAGGAGGAAACUGCUGAGGUUCGUUUCAUGGCUAUGUGUGGCUGAGUCAAAGAGAGUGAACGAGAAAAGCUAGCGAGAGAGACAGACAGAGAGAGAGAGUGAGUGAGUUUGGGGCUCACACUUCUGUCGGCUGCUGACCUGUGCGUGUGGCCUCGUCAAAGGCUCGGACCUGCUGUUGGAAGAGGAAAGACAGGGGAGAGAGAGAGAAAGAAAAAGAAACGCCUGGAAUGACGGUAGCGUCCAAAGAGCUGAUUUAAGGCAGAACAGGGGCAGUGCGCAGCCACGAGCAGCCGAGAUAAGCGAGCAGUGAAAAGUGAGCCAUCCAGCAAGACUAACUCAGUUGGUGGAUUGCCCCAUAACGUCUAGGGUGGAAAAGAUCGCAAAUUAGGAUACAAAAUGGCAGAUGCAGAUUUGGACUUCACGACAGGUGAUGCUGGGGCUUCCACCACCUACCCCAUGCAGUGUUCUGCCCUGCGCAAGAACGGCUUUGUGGUGCUGAAGGGUCGACCAUGCAAGAUUGUGGAGAUGUCGACUUCCAAAACUGGCAAACAUGGACACGCAAAGGUCCACAUGGUUGGCAUUGACAUCUUCACUGGCAAAAAAUAUGAAGAUAUCUGUCCCUCAACUCACAAUAUGGAUGUCCCCAACAUCAAGAGAAUGGACUAUCAGUUGAUUGGCAUCACGGAUGGCUACCUGUCUCUGCUCCAGGACAGUGGUGAGGUCAGAGAAGACUUGAAAAUGCCUGAGGGAGACCUGGGCAAAGAGAUCGAGAGCAAGUUUGAUGCUGGAGAGGAGAUCCUGAUCAGUGUCCUGUCUGCAAUGAAUGAGGAGGCUGCGGUGGCCAUUAAAGCCAUGACUAAAUAAAACGCAGCAGUUGUACUCAACCCCUUUGUUUUUCAUUCUGACUUGUGCCCUUACUCCGGCCUGUUCUUCCUCUACCUUCCCUUUCUCACUUUCUCUCAGGUAUUGGCAAGAUGCACUGGACCUGGACAGAAGGAGAGAAUUACGCCUCAGCAAUGCUAUUCCCCCUGUUUUUUCUCUUUUAUUUUUAAUUCUUUGUUCUCUCCCCUUCUUUAUGUACUUUAGCCUGUCUUUGGGUUGGAAAAAUAGAAACAAAAAAUAAAUAAUUGGAAAUGGUUGCAAAUGGACAAAUAUCUCUGUAAAUACACUGAAUAUACAUUAAUCAACAAUAUUUUGAAUGUAUAUAUUAGAGGAAAAAAGGCAGAAUGACACAUGAGCUCUUUAGCUUUGGGAACUGUAAAGGCACAUCAUAUGUAUUAUACUAACAUGGGUGUCUGUUCUCAUUUUGUCUUUGGCUUGUUUUUUCAUUUCCUUUUUUAAUAUUUACAUUUGUUCCAAUUACCACCCUUCUUUUCCAUUUUAAAUUGGGCUGUUGUAAGUGCAGAGGCCAGUUCUAAUACAGGCACUGUGGUAAAAGGCAAGACCACCAUGUGUAGUAGGAUGUGGUGUGGUCUCCUCUCUUCUUCACCCACUCCUUUAUCUUCUGGUAGUCGAAAUAUAGAAGAUGGGGGAGCCAUCCUGAUAUUGAGUAAACAGGUGUAUUUAGUGAGAAGUAAAAAGGUUAAUACAAAUGUCCUGUUUACACUUUUUUUUUUUUUUUUUUUUUUUUUUUUUUUUAAACAUUAGUCAGAUUUAAGAAUCUGUUUUCUUGUAGAAUAAUGGUUUCACCAAAUGUUGAACUGUAGUCUUAAAAUAAUUGGUCUGAAAAAGGUCAUUGGUGGGGGAGUCACACUGUUACUUAGCCUAAAAAAAAAAAGAAAAGAAAAAAGAAAAGAAAAUAGGGGGAGUAUAGCAGGCAAUGCUUUUGGUCUCAGUACAUUCUCAGGCUAAGAGAUAACCACAAUGUACAACUGUCAUUCCCUUACCACCUUUUAAAAGGGGCUAUUCUCCAAUAAUGAUUUUAAUUUGGUGAAUCCUUAUCCCCGUGAGUCUGGCUUUCUCUGCUGGCUCAUAUCUGAACUUGGUGUUAAGAUAAUUUCUUUUUACUUUCAUAUUACCUAAGCAGAUCUUUUGUUUGUACCCUGACUGUGAUAAACAGCUGUAUUAAACCAAGAGAUUCUCAUAACCUAAUAUUAAAAUGAGCACCUACAUGUUGCCUUUUCUGUUUCAGUGUCUGAUGGGCAUUCAUUAUUCAUUAUUAUGCUUACAUUGUACAGAAUUAUUGGAACUCUUGAUGAAAACAAGCAAAAUAUUUGUAUUUACAUUAAUAAAAAGCUAUUUAAACCUCAUUAAAAUAAAUAGACUGGAAUAAUAAUCUUAGUUCUAAGGAAAUGUAGUGUGGCUUUCUUUCAGGUCCUUUUAGGUAGGACAUUUGAUGUAUAGGAAGUGAAGUUUAAAAAGAGGUGAUUUUGACCUAACUGAGAGAGGCGAAUGCUAAAAAGUAAACUCGCAUGCAACAACUGCUGUUAGAGCAGCACACCUGCAGGCUUAGAAAUGUGUAAGCAGUAGGCUUGUGUGAUAUUGAUUUUUUUUCCUGUUUGCAGUUUACCAUUUUAAAAAUUGCAAUAAACAAUUUAAUUGACCAGAACCGAAAG